UCUGUAUAUUACGAUGGGGGUUUGAGUCUUCACCAAAACCCUCCCUGCGCGUAUCCUCUAGCUCCAGCUCUCAUGGCGUUUGGCAAUCUGCCUGCUAUGAAAUGAGCUUCCGGAUUCCGCUUUUAGUUUCCCACUUGAUUUACAGUUAUCUCUUUAAAUUACUUUUACCGUAGACCAAUAUUUUUACCAAAUUGAAGUGAGAAGAAAAGCAAACCUAAAUUUUCACCGGCGAACCAGUUAAAGGAAUUACUAUCGUGGAUAAAAUUGAGUGAACAGAAAUCAAUUGGAUUUUGGAACAUCUAUUUGGAGAAGCAGAAAGUUAGAGAGAAGAGGAUUAUUUGCUCAAUUUCCGAAAGGACAACAAUGGGUUACCAAUUUAUCGAGUGGGAGCAAGGUUGGGACUAUAUACAGCAGGGGAUCUCAAAGAUGAACAGGAUUGUACAAGGAUCAUCAGAACAUCAGUUCACCUCAGAAGAAUAUAUGAAGCUUUACACAACCAUCUAUAACAUGUCUAUUCAGCAACCUCCUCAUAAUUAUUCUCGGCAGCUUUAUGAAAAGUAUCGGGAGACAUUUGAGGAAUACAUUUCUUCAACAGUGCUUCCCUCUCUUCUGGAGAAGCAUCAUGAGUUUAUGUUGCAGGAGUUUGUCAGAAGUUGGGGAAAUUAUAAAGUUAUGUUUAGGUGGCUGUCACACGUCUUUCGUUUUUCUGAUGACCACUGCAUCACUCAGAAUCAGACAUCACUUCCUGGGCCAAACGAAGUUGCACUUAAUUGCUUCCGUAAUUUGGUUUAUCAGAAGGUAAAUGCUGAUGUGAGAUAUUAUGUACUUGGCCUUAUUGAUAAAGAACGCGAGGGAGAGAAAAUUGACAGAGCACUACUGAAGAAUGUGAUAAAUAUAUAUGUUGAAAUUGGAAUGGGAGAAUUGGAUGUGUAUGAAAGGGACUUCGAAGAAUACAUGCUCAUUCAGACUCGCGAGUACUAUUGCCACAAAACAUCAAGUUGGAUUUUGGAGUACUCUUAUACGGAUUACAUGUUGAAGGCUGAAGAAUGCUUGAGAAGGGAGAAGGAUAGAGUUUCUUAUUACCUGCUUCCAAGCAGUGAGAAGAAGCUAAUGGAGACAGUGAAACAUUGGUUGGUAGUGAUUCAUGCAAAUCAACUGAUUGAGAAGAAACAUUCUGAAUCUGGAUGUGCUUUGCUUACAAUUGAAAAUUUGGAGGAGCUUUCUAGGAGAUUUAUUGCUAGUGUGGCACUGGAACAGCAAGUUCCUGCUGAAGGUUCGACUAUUGUUCAACAGGCUGAAGAUGCUGUAAUGAUUGAGGAGUGAGAUGAGUCACACUACAACAAUUGAACGAUAAAAAAUGGUAACAUAGUGUAGUUAUCAUGAGUUUUACUUUUGGAUAUGCUGCGAAUUAUGUGCAGCUAUUUUGAAAUCCUUGAGUUUAACUACCUUGGUGCCAUUUGUGUCUUGGAAAUGUUGCCCUUGUGGCAUUUAAAUGGAUAUAUUUCUAACAAU